AUGGUAGUACACGGCGAUGAUGCCAUCGAAUUCUCUAAAGCGGCGAUCAUGUUAAGCGCCUGUUGCCACGUUGUAACACAGAUACUGCUGUGCAGCAUUCACUACGCACGCUUUCAGCACGACACUUGUCUAGGUUGCGUGUUUUCCGCAUUAGAUUCUAUGUACUUUCCAAUAUCGAAAGUGUUCAAUACUAUAAGUGCGUUUGGAUUACUACUCCCAGUAUCGUAUGCAAUGGUAGUACACGGCGAUGAUGCCAUCGAAUUCUCUAAAGCGGCGAUCAUGUUAAGCGCCUGUUGCCACGUUGUAACACAGAUACUGCUGUGCAGCAUUCACUACGCACGCUUUCAGCGUUUGAUCGAAACUAUAAAUACUACAUUUAAGAACGCGAGGUCCUAUGAAAGGUGUGUGUUUCAACGAUACGUCGACACGUACUCCAUGUUUUACGGGCUGGCAACGUUGUGGUAUUACGUAUCACCAGUUGUCGUUGUAUUGGGAAGUAUUUUGUUACCUCAACCAUUUCCGACUGUCUCCGAGUAUCCUUUCCGCGUCGAUUACGAACCCGUAAGGACUAUAAUCUUUGUCCAUCAGGCCUUUGUCGGUUUCCAAUGCUCCGCAUCGGUCAGCGUGAACAUGUUCGCGGCACUCUUAAUUCUGUACACUGCGGCGAGGUUCGAGAUUCUGAUGAUAGAUUUGAAAGAAGCUACCAGCGUUGAUGCAUUGGUCAUCUGCGUAAAAAAGUAUCACGUAGUGACCAGAUUCGGAAAAGAUGUCGUCGAGGGUACUCGAUACAUAGCUUUGUUCACGGUACUGUACAGCAGUAUAGCCCUUGUAUUUUGCGGUCUAAGUAUUAUAGGACGGCAAUCCUUCUUGGUAAAACUGCAGUUUUGUUUCUUGGCUUGGGUUUCAUUGGUGGAGGUUUUCAUGUGCGCGUUGCCGGCUGAUAAUUUGAUAAAUGUGAGUGAAAGUACCGUUCAAAGUGUGUACGAAUCGAAGUGGUACGAACAAGUACUGGAUGUACAGAAAACAGUACUUCGCAUUUUGGUGCCGCAGGAGCCGGUUGCCAUCAGCAUAAAGUGUAUCAUCCCUAUACUUUCUUUGGAAUUUUACUGCUCGAUUGUUUCUGUUACAGUGGAGUGGUAUAUGACCGUGUGUCCAACUGACGCCCUGAUAGACGUGAUUGUUUCUGUUACAGUGGAGUGGUAUAUGACCGCGUGUCCAACUGACGUUCUGAUAGACAUGGUACCGUUCUGGACAACCAGUUGCAGCGACUGA